AUGGCAGCCUACGAAAAAAAUCUCUCCAAAGGGAAAGCAUCCUCUCUCCAGGGAGGCUUGGGCGCUUCUCGCGCUGUAAUCCAGGCAAUACUGGCGCUCGCAGCAAAACAUCGUCGGACACCAUGGCCUCCUUUUCCCAUGGGACAGAGGACGAAAGGGACUUUCAAAAGCGCCUCCUCCUACCUCCUCCAACAGCUCAUCCACCGAUCUCAGGAGAUGGAACAGCAGGGCGAAGAGGAGUCCGAAGAGUCCGAGGAGUCAGAAAUGAUGAUGAAUUUGGAGGAGGAGUUUGAUGGGGUCCUGAGAGAGGAGGCUGUAGCCGAAGCACUCAGCGAUUUGGGAUGGUCAGGCCGUGGGACAGAGCAGGUCUACCUCAACCUAAAUUUAUCACACUGUGAUUUAGUCGACAUCAGCAUUCUGUGUGGCUAUGUUCACCUACAGAAGUUGAAUCUUUCUGCAAACAAAAUCGAAGAUUUGUCUUGUGUGAGCCACAUGCCUUAUCUUCUAGAACUAAAUGCUUCCCAGAACAAGCUGACUACCUUUUUCAACUUCAAGCCACCCCAAAAUCUCCAGAAGGUGGAUUUUUCCAACAACCAAAUUUCUGAAAUGGGUGACCUGUCGGCAUACCACACUCUCACUCAACUGAUUUUGGACAACAAUGAGAUAGGAGAAAUCAAUGGGAUAGAGAAUUGCAUCUGCCUGACCCACCUGAGCCUGGCUGGCAACAAGAUCACAACGAUCAAUGGCUUGGGAACCUUACCCAUCAAAGUGCUUUGUUUGAGCAACAACCAGAUUGAGACCAUCACAGGUCUGGAGGAUCUGAAAGCCUUGCAGAAGCUGGAUCUGUCCUACAAUAAGAUCAGUAGCCUCCAGGGCUUGGAGAACCACGACCUCCUGGAAGUGAUCAACCUAGAGGAUAACAAGAUUGAGGAGCUGAGUGAAAUAGAAUACAUUGAAAAUCUUCCUAUCCUUCGAGUCCUCAAUCUGCUAAAGAAUCCAAUCCAGAACAAAUCCGACUACUGGUUCUUUGUAAUAUUUAUGCUGCUGCGCCUGACAGAAUUAGAUCAGCAGAAGAUUAAAGUGGAAGAAAAGGUUACUGCAGUGAAUAAGUAUGACCCUCCCCCUGAAGUGGUCGCUGCCCGAGAUCACAUGACCCAUGUUGUCAACAGCAUGUCACAGCCACAGAGGAUCUUUGACAGCACUCUGCCCAGUCUGGAUGCCCCUUAUCCCAUGCUGAUUUUAACUGGUCCUGCAGCUUGUGGCAAACGCGAACUCGCCCACCGCCUCUGCAGACAGUUUAAUACUUACUUCAGAUACGGGGCCUGCCACACCACGAGACCGCCAUACUUCGGUGAAGGGGAUCGGGUUGAUUAUCACUUUAUCUCUCAAGAAGUUUUUGAUGAAAUGCUGAGCAUGGGGAAGUUUAUUCUAACAUUUAAUUAUGGUAACCACAAUUACGGAUUAAACAGGGAUACUGUAGAAGGUAUUGCAAGAGACGGAUUAGCAAGCUGCAUCCAUAUGGAAAUAGAAGGCGUAAGAAGUUUGAAAUUUUCCUAUUUCGAGCCUCGCUAUGUCUUGGUGGUGCCCAUGGACAAGGAAAAAUACGAAGGAUACUUGCGGAGGAAGGGCUUAUUUAGUCGAGCAGAAAUUGAAUUCGCCAUCUCUAGGGUGGAUGUUUAUGUCAAAAUUAACCGGAAAUUUCCAGGAUAUUUUGAUGCAGUCAUCAAUGCAGAUGAUCUGGACGUAGCCUACAAAAAGCUAAGUGAGCUCAUCCGAGAAUACCUGGGGCUGACUGAGGAAGUUGCUAAGGGCUUGGCUCCAACUACAGGAGGUCCCUCUAGCAAGAAGACCAUCUCUGGGGUCCCAGCACACCUGGUCCCCUCCCCCAGGCGCUUAGCAAGACUGCAAGCAAAUGACCAAAACCCAGAAGCUCCCCCGGAAGUGCAGACUCAUGCAAAGAGCGACAGUCAGGACCCAGGCCUCCUACAGAGCCAAGAGUCAACAGAGGAGGGACAGCUCCCUAGGAAGGAUCCUUCUCCCAGCAGCCAACUGGAUCCACCUCAGACCAAGGAAGGGGAUGGUCAGCCAGCCGACCUUCCUCCAAAGAUAACCACUGAGAUGGAGGGGCCUGAAGAAGAGCCUGGGCCCCAUGAGCUAAAAGCAGAAGGCCAGUCUUCUACCAUUGCAUCUCAAGAGCCACCUCAGCAACCUGACCCUCCUCUCCCACCCAGCCCUCAACCAGACCAGGAUACGGAAUCCAGAGAGAUCAAAGGAGCCCCUAGCAACCCACCCCUCCCUGAACCGGCUGAAGCUGGACCUGACCCAGCUUCCCUCAGUCCUCAGGGAAUGCAGGAUGAGGGAACUGAGCCAGCCAACCCUGUGCCCAGCAGUUCCCCUCACAAUCCUCCAGAAGACCCUCCCCCUUCUGAUGUAGUGAGGCCCACUGGGGACCCUCAACCACCUCUGCAGGAGGGAACCCCCAAAGCAGAAGUUGUGCGGGCCAGUACUCCUUACCCAGAAAUUCCACCUUCCCAAAACCCAUCCACGAACUCAAAACAUAGCCAGGUCAGGGAACAGCCAGUGGCCUUGCUUCCUAGGAGCCGGCUGGCCCCUACCAGGUUGCCCCAGCCCCAGACCCUGGCACCUCUCCAGAGCAGGAGACCCACACCCAAGCUUCUCUCUCCCAGCAGGGAAGAGGCUUUGGGGACAAGCUCCGAUCAGACCCCAGCUGCCUCUCCAAGGUCUCUCCCAACUCAGGGUGACCCCAAUAAGCUUCCUCUCAUCAGCCCUCCCGAGUCCAAACCACCCUCAAACCCAAGCCCUAACGCAGCCCAUAGUCCACAGCAAGCCCCUGCUGGAAAAGCCAAAGAGGUGAAACUCCCUCUAAUUAGCCCCCCAGCCGAGGAACAAGCCCAGCAGCACUCCCCCAACCCUCCCCAGGAAGAGGAGACACCCACAGUCCAUCUCCCACACAUUCCUGCUCCCCCCGUGGAACCUCGGCUGCCUCAGAACACUGGGCCAAGGCCAGCUUCGAAGCUUGCAAAGGGAAGAAAAACUCCCAAAGUAGGCCAUGCCUCCAGCAAGAAGAUUCCAGAUCUGCAGGCUUCCCCUCACAGCCAAGAGGCUGCUAAGCAGAAGGAUGCUAGGAAGAAACAUCUCAGGCAGAGAGAGACAGCUAAAGGGUCCCCACACCCGAGAAGGAUACCAGCCAGAAAGUCUCAGACAGCCCAGCAGUCGGAAUCCCACAGCAAGCCAACUCCUAAGAGUGUGUCUGAUCUCCCUGACACCAGGUCCCCUCUGAGCCACACAGAAGUAGUGCCAGCAGACCCCCAGGACCAGGAGGAGAAAACCCGCAAAGCACACAAUUCCGGAAAGAAGGACUUGGCUCAGUCUGUAGGUGUGUCCCCAAAUGGAGAAAUGUCUGAUGGGUUAGCUCAAGAAAAGGAACUGGUCCUCGGUGAAAAUCACCCAAUCCAAGAAGCUCAGCCUCCACAGCCCCCUGCCAAGUCAGCGCAUAGGGAACAGGCUCAAAAAAAGGAAAGGUCUCAGAAGAGAGGGGUCUCUGGAAAUCCUCCGGAGCAGGAGAUUGCAGCCCCUAGCCAGCUGCGGGCCAAAGAGACACAAGCUCUUAAAGACACCACUGAGCUCAGACAGGGCUAUGCCCAGAGGCACAGCAUCCGUAUGUCUAAGCAGCAAUCCAAAGAAAAACGAACUCGAAAAAAUGGGGAUGCACCACAGAACAGAAGCCCUGCUGCUCCUCAGAAUCAAGCCUCAGAGGAGGGGCCAGGCAGCCGGACAGGAAGACUGAGAGCCAGGGGCAGCCAGAGCAUCAAAGUGUAA